GUGGGGGUUAAGGAGGGGAUGUACGGAUGUGUUUUUCAUUUGUUUCAUCUUGAGGAAAUAACCGGCAAAUAUAUUGCGCUUCGUCUCAUUCGUUAUUUGAAUUCUGUUCUUUGUGCAUCAAAAUCGAAAGCCAUUUUGUAGGUUUAUUAAAAAAAAACAUAAACAUUCCAAUUCCUCAAAUAUGGCGUCUUAUUUAGUGCUUAAAGUUAAGAAUCUUCUUUCACCAAAUAGCAACCUCUGUUCGAUUGAGGGAUGUGAUCACGUUCUUUUGCAAAAAUAUGAACAAUUUUUGAAUUUAAACCGAGCGGGUUCUGGUUAUAAAAGAGAGCCUUAUGUAUGUAGUAUUCCUAGGGAUGAAUAUUAUUCAAUUCCCUUGCCUAACGUAUUGAACUUUUUCGCCGAUAAUGGUUAUCGCGUGGUUUCUUCAAUGAGCAUCUGUAUUACGGGGAAUAAUUGGGGAAUAUGGACGUUGGAAAAAAAAAAUUAAAAAGCGACAAAUAUUUUAAUAAAAUCAUCUUCUGAUUAAAGAUUAAACAUAUGUACAGAUGAUUUAUCAUUUGUAAUAAAAAGAAGUAAAAAAAAAA